AUGCCCCGGGCGUCAAGCUCGUCCUCUACGAGACCCACAGCCGCCUUCGAUUCUCCCCAUCCAAAUGUCCUGAAAAGAAACCGGGUAUUUCAAGACCACUCCUCGGGUUUUCUUAGGUCUAACUUCACCUUUCUCCUGUGUUAUAGGCCUGUCAUCAAUGCCGACGAAGAAAGCUGCGACGCGAAACGCCCGUGCUCCACAUGCGUGCGUUCUCAUGCCCAUGCAUUGUCUCAUGCGCCAUCGGGUACAAAUCUUCCGUCCGCGCCAGAGUGUACAUUCGACGAUGUCGUAGACGCAGUGGCGCCGGCAACUGAUGGACCAAAGAACAGAUAUGAAAGAUUGGAAAACAGAAUUAAUGAACUCGAAGCGCUACUGGGACAAAAGGAAAAAGGGUCUUCGGCGUCCCCUGAACCUGGGACUACUUCUUCUGGACAAUCUAUGGCAGAUGUUUAUCCGUCAUUCAAUGAAUCCAGUUUCCCAAGCCGAUAUCGGCUCACAAACUCAUCAGACGGCUCUCAGGUUCAGCAACAAUAUCCUUCUCAAGCAACCUACUUUGACUCUAUCGUCAAUACGAAUUCAACACCCACGAGCUUUCCACUGCCCUCAGCGAAUUUGGAUUUAGUUUGGCCUAACUGGCCGCAAGAUCUCCCUCCUCCGGAUCUAUUACGACACCUUGUUGACGUUUUCUUUGUAUUCCAUCCGCAUGCUAAUCGAUUGUUUCACCUGCCCACCUUUAUGCACACAUUGAACCUACCCCCAAGCCAUCCCAAGUUCCCCAGUACGCCCGUUCUCCACGCAAUCUGUGCCAUUGGCAGUCUUUACACAGCUGCUGUUACGUCGCCGCCUCUGCCUAAUUUUGACAAAGUACCUCCAGACGAAAUUUUUUUGGAAAGACUUCGGUCUAAGGAACAGCGGCCUGAUUCAUUUGCUGAGCAUCAGGCUAAACUUGCUCGCGAGACAGGUGAAAAGCUGAACACGCUUGGAGAAGAUCUUUUUCAGGUCCUGCAAGCAAACAUCAUCCUUACUUGGUUCUAUUGGUCUCAUGGGAGAUGGGUCGAUAUUUUUCUCAACUCUGCCCACUGCCUCCGACUAACUAUUCCAUUGGGCUUAAAUAUGUGUCCUCCGUUCCAUUCUAUAACAAAAUCGGAAAGACCUCAAUCCAUUAUACCCUCGGCAAAGACAGUCGUCGAAGACGAAACACGACGGAAUGCCUUCUGGUUGGCAUAUGCCACUGAACGUCAGCAUGGAUGCGGUAAUGGCUGGGCCCUCAGUGUCGAUGAUCAAGACAUUUCACAGCUACUACCAGUUCGCGGCGACCAAUUCGACCAAGGGACUCUUGUGACUCCGAUGGCGCGUCAAUGGGCCCAUACUCGAAAUCUUCUUCUUGUUCACGCAGACAAUCAGACAGAUUCUUUCCUCCUUUAUAUCAAAGGUACAAUCAUGCUCUCCCAUGUCAAGACUUUCAACAUGCGAUUUAGGUCAAGACAUUUCGCUGGUGACUCGGCUGUCACCAGUCCUUACAAUGAUGUCGUUCAGUCGUCAGAUCCUGUGGAUCCCAGAGGCUCACAAGCAUUCAUUGAACUUGACCAUGUUGUCUCGUCGUUUAGGGAAUCAUUUCCUAGCCACCUCAGAAACCCGAUUGUCGACAAUGUGGUAGAUAACCAUCUAUAUACGACGUGCAUGAUGUCCCAUGUCGCCACGAUCAUAUUGCACGACCCCCAUGCUGAAGUUUGCCAGUCUGGUUGUAUAUCUGCUCUUAAGAUCCUCACGGCAGCGAGGGCCAUCCUAGAUCACAUCUAUGCUGUCUGGUCGACGAGCUUUGAUAUAACCCUCCUUGAUUCCUUCUGUUCCCUCUGCUGGUUUUUUUCCGGUCGUGUUCUGGUGCGAUUCCUACGGGCCGCCUUAGAUGCGAGAAGUCUUGAUCAAAUUUCUACUAUACGAGCAGAGAUUGACUUUAUCCACUCGGCCAUUGCUAAAGUAGGCCAACGUGUACCCCUUGCUCAUCGGUAUGCGAAGAUGCUUGAAGAUAUGAUUGUUAAACAGUGUGGCCCUGCAUCUGGAUAUCCAGCACAGAUCACCUUUCCGCAUUCCUUGCACCUAGAUGACUUGCACACUCUGUUCGAAGAGAGCAACAACCCAGUCAACGAUGUCACCCUACGCGAGACUGUACCAUUUAACUUGCCUCUAACUUAA